AUGGUCGGAGUCAGACUAACCAGCCACACCCCUCCCGGUCAGACCAGCAGCACCGCUCCCAUUCCCCCUCCCAACUUUGGCACCGGUCUCCCCCACACCGCCCAAUCGGUCCUGGCCCUAAGCCUAUCAGUCGCUCUUCGACCGCUCGUCCCGCUCCUCAGCAGACUGAUGCAGCCGGUCCUCCCCCCUACCGGAGCCGGAGGUGCCGCUCCUCAACAGAUCCAGCGUCCCGGCGCUUGGCCCCAAACCAGACUGGUCGGUAUGGCCGGUUACGCUGGUGGGCUGCGUGUCAUCGUCGCCCCGGUUCCCAUGCCCUUCGACCCCACCGGUCCUCCCACUUUGGCCGUCAGCGCCGGUCAAGACAACCGCGCCCGCAUGCGCCACCGGGUGACCAGUAGCAGCUACACCGAUCAGCGCACCGCUGGUACCAUCUCUGUGAUGGCAACUCGAUCAGCUGGAAUGCGCUGUCUGCUACCCCCGGUGUUCGGUGGCCCGGCCGCUCCACUGGUGCCACCAGAGACCAGAUCACCCACACUCACGGAUCUCGUCUCACCUUGUGGAGCUGGCCUACGGGCGAUCCCACCAAUCAGAUGA